ACUUCUUACAAAUACAAAACAAAUCAUAAUAAGUGGUACAAUUUACAUUAUUUACAAUAGUGUUACAUAAAUUUACGGAUAAGAAUAAGAAUCAAACUAUUAACCCACAAAUAAUAGAAAUAGCUAAAAAUUGUCUUAACAUGGGUGGAUGGGCAUUAGAAGUGGGUAAAAUGGCUAUGUAUAUGACUUUCCCAGUAGCACUAUUUCACAUUUUUAAUCAACCAGCCUAUUUUGAAGAGUGGGUUACAAAAACUAAAAGGGAACUGUAUCCACCAGAAAAUAAAAGCCAUAGGAAAGAAAUUGAGGAUACCAUUCGAGCUCUUCGAGAAAAAAAGGAUCAAGAGAUUCUAAAAGCAUUAGAAUCAAUGGAAAAAAAGCAAUGAAACUCGUUUACUGAUCAAUCCGUAUUGCUGGUUUUCAAUGUUACUAUUAUAUGAAAGUUGUUUUGUAAAAUUAUUAAAUUUAAAAUAAAUAGAAUUUUAAAUUAUA